CGUCAUCCGCCAUAACGAUUGUGAAUUUGUGAAAGUGAGCUUUGUUUGAUUGCACGAAAUAACGAAGUUUUCGUGUGUUUUUAAUUAAAAGUGUUUUAUAUGUGUGUUUAAAGAUGAGUGAUUGGUAUAGAAUGAAGACGGGAUUUAAACAUAACUCUUCGGAGUUGUCAGUAGAAACAUCUGGUGAAAUGUCAGACUCAAUGUUUUCGGACAAUCUGAGCCCCAUACCGGCGGCUUCUAUAGUGCCUAGGAAGUUGGAUUUUAGAGACUUCGACGAUGAAGAAUUUCGGAUAAAGGAUGCUUCUCCAGCACCAGCAUCUUUGAGUCCACCUUACAAGCGAGUACGAGCGUUAAAACUCUUCGACAGCCCACACACGCCGAAGACCCUCCUGGAGAAGUGCUCAACACCCUCCCAUCAUGUGUCACGAUGUAGACUGUUCCCACCAAAAUUGGAAGUUCCAUCUGGCAUGCCGUCCGGCUCCAGCCACCAUUUACAUCCGCCGUCGGACGAGGACAGUGCGCUGGGCAGUUUGCCCCCGGACGAGGUAGAGGACAACAGGCCCCGGCCGCUGGCCAAUAUCAACCCUUUUACACCUGUUGGCCAAGCGUUAAAUAAGAAAAAGCGUGCACUGUCCAAAACACCGACGUGGGGUGACGCCACCCCCGAACAACCGGCGAAGAGAUUACGGGAAUCAAAUAUAUCCCGCUACAACAUCGAGUUCGUCGAGCUAGGUCUAAUAGGGCGCGGUCAGUUUGGCCGAGUUGCGCGAUGCGUGAACAAACUGGACGGUUGUGUGUAUGCGCUCAAACGGUCUUUACGACCGGUCGCCGGGUCAGCGGCUGAACGGACGGCGUUAACUGAAGUAUACGCACAUGCGGCGUUGGGAAAACACCCGCAUGUUGUUAGAUAUUACUCGGCAUGGGCGGAAGACGAUCACAUGAUAAUCCAGAACGAGUACUGCGAUGGCGGUUCUUUACAACAAGUUAUUGAAAAUGGAGCCCUACCGGAGAGCGAGCUGUUAUUAUUGUUGGCGCACAUUAGCGACGGGCUAGCUUACAUCCAUUCGCUCCAAUUAGUUCAUAUGGACGUGAAACCGGGGAACAUAUUUAUAUGUCGCGAGGAAGUGGCCUCACACACGGAGUCGGAUGAUGGCUAUGAUGAUGACGAUCAUCCUAUUGUGCCGAAGCAUAAGUAUAAGAUUGGUGACCUCGGGCAUGUGACAUGUAUAUCAUCCCCGUCAGUCGAGGAGGGUGACUGCAGAUAUCUGCCGAGGGAAGUGCUACAAGAGGACUUCACACACCUAACGAAGGCUGAUAUAUUUGCUUUUGGUUUAACACUAUUCGAGGCGGGUGGUGGUGGUGCGUUGCCGAAGAACGGGCCGAAAUGGCACGACAUUCGCGACGGAAAGCUGCCCGAUUUGCCCAAUUUGUCCAGGGAAUUCAAUCAGCUGUUGAAGAAAAUGGUAGACCCCGACCCAUCCCAAAGGCCGUCAGCUGCUCGUCUCCGAAGGCAUCCAUUAUUACAUCCAACGGGGAACAAGAGCAAAGCACAACUGCGAAGGGAAUUAGCCGCUGCAGAGCUGAAGAAUCAAAUGCUGCAUAAUAAACUGAAAAUGGCCGCCAGAUGCCUACAAACCCUCACCCCGAACUCGUUAGCGAACCAGGAAUCGGCCAAAUUCAAAACGCGAGCCGCAAAAAGGCUCCAACAUCGCCGAUUCGACACGCACAAUAUAGAUGAGAUGCUCCGUUCCGUAACUGCGCCCAUACAUACAGACAGACGGACGGAGAGGCGUAAGAAGAAUUAGUGUGUAAAAAAAAAUUUUUUUGGUCAGAACCCGUUUUGCCUAGUUAAUACUAGUUGGAUUGGACAGAGGAAAAAGAUAAGGAAGGGAAAAGAAAUAAUGUGUCAUAGGUAAACCUCGUUUUUUCUGGUUAAAACGCGAUUUGCUUAGUUAGAACUAGUUUUAACUAAGAAUAUGAGUUUAAUAAUAAUAUACAUACUUUAAUUAGCACCAAUAAAGUUUUUUUUUUUUAAUAAUUUAUAGUCAGAAAGGCGCCCGAAUCUGUUCCGAUUUUAAUUACAAUUCAUAUGCUAUAUUUUCUCAAUAAAAUGUGUAUUUUACCUAGUAACAAAUAACUGGUUCUAUAUAAAUUUAUAUAACUGGUUCUAACUAGGCAAAGCGCGUUUUAACCGAAAACCAGUUUUAACUGUAACAUAAAUAUAUACAUAUAUAAUAUAAGUGGCUCAAAAUAUUUGGUUACUAUGUGUAAUAAUUGUACGAGUACAAUAAACAACUAGACUCACAAUCUAACAAAAUGUAUGAGAACACAACUUUUUUAUAAUGACCGAUUUUAUAUAUUACUACAACGAAAUAAGGUUUAAAUUUUAAUUAAAAGAGAGCGUGUGUGCCU